UCAAAUCAUCUCUCCCACACCCACUUUCCAAGGCACCUUUGGUUGAGACACCCCACCCCACCACACAAGAUGAAUUCUUCAGCAGCAUGCUUCUUGUUGGUGACUCUUGGCCUAGUCCUCAUUUCUCAAUUUCCCGUGGCAACACAUGCCAGAGGCCAUCACGAUAGUUUGGUGGGAGAAAUUUGCAUGCAAACCUUGGAGAACAAGGAGAACUGCAUGCAGCUUCUAAAGGCAGCUGAUCCAAGCAUCGUGCAUGCAAAGGACUUCAGUGAGCUUUGAAAGGCAGUGUUGACUUUGGCCUUGAACAAGGGCAUGGAGGGGCAAGCCUUCCUCAAGGAGUUGGCAAAAGUUCAGAACUCUCCAGCCAUAACAGAAUGUGCAAACUUUUUCUACGAUGGGGUGGUUAUAUCAUUCAGGAGUGCCUUGGGGGAGUUCAAGGAAGAUCCUCAAACUGCUAACUAUGAUUCCAAAGUUGCUAUUGAUGGACCUGACGGUUGCAACAGAGCCUUGGCUUCUGAAAAGAUUUAUAACCCUGCUAUUGAUGCUCUUAACAAGGAAAUUAUGUUGCUUAGCACUAUUGCAUUCCAAGCCACAAAUAAGCUUUCGUCUUAAUUAACCCAAUUUUGUGGGCAAUGUAAAUGCAUGCAUGAAGAAUCCAAGUUAUACGUGGUGGGUUACUGUUUUAUUUAGGGUGUCUCCUUUGGUGUGGAGGGAGGUCAUCAAUAAAAUCAAAGCUAUUUAUUUAUUCUGUUAAA